UCUGUUGUCUUGUCUCUCGCUCUCCCCCUUUUCCUCCUCUCUUUCUCUCUGGUAUGCCGAUAAACAUAUAAUUACUCCAUAACUGAAUUUACCAGAAAAGGUUAUAGGAGGCGGGGGACAGAGAAUAGUACGUGCGGGCUACUAUUUGCAGCCAUGGGGUUUUUGAGAAAGAUGAGGAAAGUUUGGACCAGAGUCGCUAAACGUCUCCACAUUCGCAAAACCGGUCUGAGAAAGCUAGACCAAGAAGUGAGGACGUGCGAGUACGAAGAUGUCCAUACCUUGUGGGAUCUUCUGAAGAAGAACGACGACGACAAAGGGAUGACGGGUUGUCACGGAAAGGACAAACGGUCUUUGGGCAUCGCGAACAGGGCAAAUUGCGCUCCUUUUCUUUACCGCGGCGUGUGAUUUUCACCGUCCUCAACCUUGUGAAUGUAAUCUCUUUGAUUUGGGAUGUUUGCAAUGUGUUGUAUGCAUGUAUGCUUGCUUAAUUAAUUGUAAUCGUCUCUUUAAUUUUGUGUAGAACGAUAUGCAUGUUGUUUUGUA